AUGGGCGCAGAAGGAGACAACGCAGAACUAGGUUCAGCCGAUGGCUACGCUUCAACAGUGAACUCAAUUGAUUUGUUGAGAUGUUCCCCUGGUAUGGCUGACUUGUUUCGAAGAUUGUAUCAAAUUAGAAUUGAUUGCGGAGAGAUUGUAGGUGAUGGAAUGGAUAAACAACGACAAAUUGAAAUGCAAGAGUUUCAAAAGAAGUUGAAAAAGUUGGAUAAAUUUGAAAGACAAAAGGUCAUGGUGAAACAAGCCAUUGAUCAAACUGAAUCACUCAUUCAACAAAAGAGAAAGAGUAGCGGUAAUGAUCCUCGUCUCAACAAUGACAUCAACAAGGCAGUCACAAAGAUGGAUAAAGAAAUGAAAGAAUUGGAGAAAAUCCAUCAAGAGGCAGUGAACAAAAAAGUCAUGUGGAAGGAAAUUCAAAUGCCAAUUGAAAUGCGAAAGCAAAGAGAAGCUGAUAUUAAAAACUUUAAAGAUUAUAUCAAAUAUGUGAAAGCAGAACACAAAAAGCUUGUGACAGGCAUCAUGGAUGAAGACGAUGAUAGUUUACCAAAACGUGAUGUUAAAUUUGAUUCAAUUGAUAAUUUAGAAAAGGCAAAGAAUGAAGUUCCAACCGUUGACAUUAGUGAAGGUCUUGAACAAAUCGAAGCUGCCAAAAGACAAGUCGAAGAAAAAGUUGAUAUUUUGUUAGGCCAAAUUCAAAAGAUUGGUGGAAUUGCAAACUCCAUCUCUGAUGAAUUAGACAAGCAAGCUCAAUUGCUAGACAAAAUGAGUGCAGAUGUCGAUAAGUACAACAAGACAUUGGAUGAAACUAACAAAAAGCUAGUAGAAGCUAUUGAAAAAGCAGGAGGUGCCACACGUCUCAUCAUUAUUGCAAUUAUUUUCAUUGUUAUUAUUGCAUUAUUGGGCGUUGGAUGGUUAUUGAUUCAAAUUUUCGUUCCUUCACUUGGGCUUGGAAUUGGAUAA